ACCGUUCUCUCACUCUUCCUGGCUCUCUUCGCUGUCCGAUCAUUCCCUCCUAGCAAAAAUCUCGAUAAACCGGCGCCGACGCUGGCGAACGGUAGGGUUAACGGCAACCCAGAUUCCGCACCGGAGGGCGGCGGCGAAGGAGCGGAGGUGACGGCUUCCACUGUGAGGAACGGGACGGUGGUCGCUGACAAUAAGCCAGUUGUGUCCAUGAUGGAGCAGUUGGUACCGGAGAUAACAACCCAUGCGCUCAGCUACUUGGAUUAUCGUAGCUUGUGCCGGUUGUCCAUGACGAAUUCCAGGAUGAGGAGGGCUGCUAACGACGAUAAUGCCUGGAAAGCUCUUUACCAUAAGGAUUUUACCUUGGAGCAAGAUGGUGUUACCCCAGUUAAUGGGUGGAAGGCGUACUACGCGGCUACUAGAGGAAUCAUGAAUAUGAAUGCGGAAUUCUUCAACAUCAUCAGAGAGAGGUCUCUUCAAGCAAUGGCUCGUUUCUGGUUGAACUCAGAUUACGUGAAGUGCAUCCACCCCUCGGGCGAACUCUUUUCCGGGUACAACACAGUAAUGCAGAGCUGGCAACUGUGUUUCAACUGGGAACAAGGGUUCGACUUUCAGGUCCAAGACAUGUGCACUCGGGUCCUGACCGACAUGGCAUGGGUCACCAUGAAGGCGUACCUGAACAUGGACGGUGCACCUUUCCAUAUAACCAACGUGUUCGAGUUCCACAACGGACGGUGGCUCAUGGUUCACCAUCACUGCUCUGUCAUGCUCAUCGACGGCCUCGACCAACAGGUUGUUGUUAUUUGAAUUAUGUCUUUUUAUUUUAUCUGCGGCUUUGGAAUUUUUGUUCUUUCCUUUCCCUUUUGUCGCUUCCUUUUUUUUGUGGUUGAGAGAAAAGAACUAAAACUGCAUAAUGGGAAUUGGGUUUAGAUUAAUAUUACAAAUUUUGGUUUUG